UCCAUACACACUCAUCUCUCCACGUGCAUCAACAGAAGCUUGACAGAGCUCGAGAGCUAGAGAGAGAACGAGAAGCGAGCGAGCGAGCGAGAGAGAGAGAGAGACCUAGAGAGGUCACUUCUUGCAGCCAAGAAACCAAAGCAUAGCAAAUGGACCGCGUGAUGAAGCUGGCAUCAGAGAGGGCAGUGGUGGUGUUCACGCUGAGCUCCUGCUGCAUGUGCCACACGGUGACGAAGCUAAUGCAGGACCUGAGCGUGAACGCUCUUGUGCACGAGCUGGACAGCGACCCCAGGGGCAAGGAGAUGGAGCGCGCCCUGCUCAAGAUGCUCGGCGGCAGGGGCCCUGCCGUCCCUGCCGUCUUCAUCGGAGGCAAGCUCGUCGGCGGCACCAACAGGAUCAUGUCCCUCCACCUCGGCGGCGAGCUCGUGCCCAUGCUCAAGAACGCCGGCGCGCUCUGGCUAUAGAGACGGUGCGGUGGUGCCAAGGGCAGGUUUUUUCCCGUCCAGUGUUCUGACAGGAAUAACUGAGGCAAAGUAGCUUGCUAGCUUCUUUUCUUGUACGUAGGAGCUAGUGAGUGAGAGAGAUGGCCUUUGAUGUGUGAUUUCCUCUUCUUUUUAGAUGUUUUGUUGUAACUUUACUGCAAUGGUGCGUGCGUCUACUGAUCGAUCGCCCUUUUUCGAUGGGCUUGUAUAUGAAUAAUGUCAGCAAUAUAUGUGCAUGGGAGUUUAAUAAUAAGUAAACAGUAUGAUGGCAUGUGUUAUGUAUA